CUGCCUGUCCCCCGCUGACCAUGGCCGCUCCCCUCCAAAGUGCAACCGGAGCCGGCCAAAGUGCAGCCUCUGUGCCAAGCGCCAGGUCUAUUGCUUCUACAGCGCCGAUGUCAAGAAGCAGUCCCUCGAGGUCCACAAGCGCCAGGGCGAGCUCCUCCACAUGAUGUGCACCGCACCCGAGGGCGAGGCUCUCGACAUCCUCUUCCGCCUGCGGGCUUCAGGUGAUGCCCAGUCCGUCCUCGAGUCCUCCCGCGGCAGCAUGAGCCGCCAGUAUCAGCCUUCUGCCAUCCAGGCCGCCCGUGCCGUCCCCACAGACCUUUUCGAUGCUCGAGUUCGAGAUGUCGACACGCCAGACGAUGCCAUACCAGGAAGCAUCCAUGUGCAGCAGGACGGAUCGCAACCCGUGACAUCAGCUCGAGGCAGCCUCGGCACUCGGCGAAGCAAAAUACUCGAGGCUCGUCACGGCACAAUUCGGGCCGAAUAAGGAGCAGGUCGUCGGGAUAGAGGGGUAAAGAGGCCAUGAGAGUGGAUUUGUGGUUCCCGACAGUCAUCACCCGUGCUUGGAGGUGGUGAGAAAGCCCUGUGUAUGGUCUAGCGGGCGUCAUGCAUAUUUUGGAUGAUGCAUUUUCGUUCGCACAGCGACCACUCU